UUGUAUUUCUCUUUCUUUCUCAUUCUUCUUGUCUCUGAAUUCAUCGACUGUUUACACCCCUGUUCCACGCCACUUUUCUCUAAAACCGACGAAUGUUUCCAAGAUUUUUAUUUUCUUGGAAGUUUCUGAAUUGUCAUGUUGAAUUGGAAUAUCCGGAGCAAUAAAUAGUCCGAUGUGUUACUGAAAGCUGCUUGGAAUUUGUUUGAGUUUUGGCCUAAGAGAAAUCUGUGUACUUCAGGACUCAUAGAAUGGCGGCUUCAAAUUCAGAUAUAGCGUUGCCACUGGAUAAAUUAUCUCUGGGAUGUAUCAGUAAAGAUGGUUUAUCGAGUUCCGUGAGCAAGGGAAAGCUUUAUGUAGUCUUGGUAUCACCUGGAAGUUUUAACCCUCCAACUUACAUGCACCUGCGUUGUUUUGAGUUGGCAAGAGAUGCUGUAAAUUCACAAGGAUUAUGUGUCAUCGGAGGUUACAUGUCACCUGUAAAUGAUUCAUACAAGAAGAAG